AUGGGUGACUGGAGCUUUCUGGGGCGGCUGCUGGAGAAUGCUCAAGAACACUCCACUGUGAUCGGAAAGGUUUGGCUGACCGUCCUCUUCAUCUUCCGCAUCUUGGUGCUGGGCGCAGCAGCUGAAGAAGUCUGGGGUGACGAGCAGUCUGACUUUACUUGUAACACGCAGCAGCCCGGUUGCGAGAACGUCUGCUACGAUGAGGCCUUCCCCAUCUCCCACAUCCGAUUCUGGGUGCUGCAGAUCAUCUUUGUCUCCACGCCCACUCUCAUCUACCUGGGCCAUGUGCUGCACAUUGUCCGCAUGGAGGAGAAGAGGAGGGAGAGGGAGGAGGAGCUCAGAAAGUCCGGACGGCACCAGGAGGACCAUGACCCUCUCUAUCACAACGGAGUUGGGGAUGGAGGAGGAGGAGGGGGCGGGAAGAAGGAGAAGCCACCAAUUCGUGAUGAGCACGGGAAGAUCCGGAUCCGCGGGGCGUUACUGAGGACCUACAUCUUCAACAUCAUCUUCAAGACUCUGUUUGAGGUGGGCUUCAUCCUGGGACAGUACUUCCUCUAUGGCUUCCACCUGAGGCCACUCUAUAAAUGUGGCCGCUGGCCCUGCCCCAAUACUGUUGACUGCUUCAUCUCCAGGCCCACUGAAAAGACAAUCUUCAUCAUCUUCAUGCUGGUGGUUGCCUGUGUCUCUCUGGUCCUCAACCUGCUGGAGAUCUACCACCUGGGCUGGAAGAAAGUCAAGCAGGGGGUCACCAAUGAGUUUGUACCCGACAGUGAGUCACUGCUGCUGGGUGCAGACGAGCCCGGAGACGCAGAGACGAUUCCUGAGCUGACCUCACCAUCAGUACUCAAUUGUUUGCCGGCAUACGCCAACAUGAACGUGGUGGGCGCUAGAGCAGCAGAGGGAGGACCCUACAGUCCGACUGAGGCCUCCCCUGCAGUCAUGUCCUUGCCCGCCAGAUUCAAGAUGGAUGGCACAGCGUUCCACCCAGAUGACUUCCUGUUGGAGGCCCCGCCUGUCUCUUUUUACCACAAUGGUGAGAAAGUGAGUGUCGGGAGCCACGGGCAGCUGACAGCAAUGGAGCAGAACUGGAGCAACAUGGCGCUGGAGCUCCACAAUCUGGAUGGGAAAAACUCCUCCUACCCUCCUCCUCUUCCUUCCCCUCCCACCUCUGCCUCCUCCUCUCCUCAGGAGGAGACAAACCCACCACUUCCUCAAGGGGAGCAACACUCUACGUUUCCUACACUUCCUCGUCAUACCCCUCUUUACCCCCUCACACCGGAGGAGGCGACGAUGGAUGAGGAGCACUCUGCCGCGACAGCACCUUGUAUGGUCCCACAUGACGACUUCACCGUGGUUACCAGGGCACAGAUGCAUCAGCCUCCUCCUGCUGCAACAGACAUCCGGAAGCCAAGUCGGGCCAGCAAGAGCAGCGUCCGAGCUCGCCCCGACGACCUGGCAGUGUAG